UCUCUCUCUCUCAGUCACUCGGCGCUUUCACCUGGUUCUCCUUUAAGAACCAAGGAGCGGAGAGUUUCCUCAAAUGUAAAAAACAAGUGGUGAAGCAGAGAGAGAAAGAGAGAGACACCCUGCGGACUCUGCACUUCCUCCUGCCUGUUUUCCUGUGGAGCUCUGGUCUGGAGCCAGCGGAGGAGCCUGUCCAUCCUCCCCAGCCCUCUUACUCACCUCAGCUCAGCUCCUUCACCUCAGCCAGAGGAGCAGAGAAGGACCUCCACACUCCAGCAGCUAAACCUCUUAAACUCUGCGGGUUUAAUCCUAAAGUUUCUACAUUCCUCACACAUUCUUUCUGUUUUUGUUUUGUUGUUGUUUUUACCGGUUGGGCACCAAGAAACAUCCCCCUCCCACACACACACUCCUGUCUCAGGUGGACCUCCGAGAACCUUCUAGAACUGAGACUCUUUAACACACGAGAAAAAGAAGUGAAAGAAGGAGAGAAGUUGCCACAACUUUUUUAAACUGUAUUUUUUUGUUGGUUAGUUUGCUGUUUGUUGUUUUCUGCGCUCGAGCGCAGUCCGCGAGCCGCCGCGCUGCUGUUGCCAUGCAGUUGAUGUAAGCAAGUGGCGCCAAACUCGACUAGCAGCGCUGCAGUUUCACCAGCUACCAGGAUGAAGGACGACUUCAACGAUGAGGAGGAAGUGCAGUCCUUUGGCUACAAGAGGUUUGGUAUCCAAGAGGGGAAUGAAUGCACUAAGUGUAAGAACGACUGGGCAUUGAGGGCGGCCAUCGCUCUCCUGUACGUCCUGUGUGCUUUGCUUACUAUAGCCGUGGCUGUCUUAGGAUACAAAGUGGUCCAGAAGAUGGAUAAUGUGACAGAGGGGAUGGAGAACUACGGGGGUAAAAUCAUGGCUGUAGAAACAGACUUAAAAAAGCUUGAUGACCAGACAGGAGAGAAGUCAGAGAAUGCAACAAGUGAAAUCCUGUCCUUCAAGACAGAAAUUCAGACAUUACAGAACCAGCUAAACAACAUCGCUCUGACAGCGUCCAGCAACAGGGCAGCUCUGGACGACCUACGGCUUGUAGGAGAGGACAUGCAGAGCGGCCAUGUUUCCCUGAGGGACCUUCUGGAGAGCAACGCCAACACCAUCCGCAAUGUCAACCGCACCCUCAACGCAUACAGCAACCUGAUUGGCGGGCUGAAGACGGACACGGAGCGUCUUCAAUCAGAACUUCAAACGCAGACGAGGGAGCAGAGCCGCUCUGCCCACAGCCUCAAUUCCCUCAAUUUCACUCAGAGCCAGCAGAGGAACGUCAUUGGCUCCCUCCAGAGGUCAGUAGAGGAUGCCAGCCAGGCAGUUCAAAAGCUGAAGAACGACUACCAGAGCCUGCAGCAAAUGGCCAGGCAGACCAAGGCGGAUGCCGACUGGCUCAGGGAGAAGGUGCAGAAUCUCCAGGCUGUGGCAGCCAACAACUCCGCCUUGACCCGUUCCAACAGCGAUGCUAUCGAAGACGUGACCUCUCAGCUCAGUUCACUGUCCGAACAGGUCCAGAACGCCUCAACUAUCACUGACAGUCACGACCAGAGCCUGCGUGAGCUCAUGGACCAGCAGAGAGACCACGACAACUCCACCACCAGCAAGUUUGACACGAUGGAGGCCCGUCUGGACCAAAACGAGGAACACAUGGACCGCAUCACAGGCAAUGUCAGCUUCGCCACGCAGCUCCUGGGAGCAAUCAGUAGCGACCUGAACGGCCUCCGCGGCUGUGCUGAGACGGUCACCAGGCACACGGACCUUCUGCUGUCCCUCAACACCAGCGUUCUGGAGGCCAAGGCUGAUAACAGCGAGCUUAAAGCCCAGCAGGAUGAGCUUGCUGCCAGGCUUGAUAAGGAAGUGACCAGCCUGUCCAUUGUGAUGGAGGAGAUGAAACUGGUGGAUAGCAAACACUCGCAGCUCAUCACUAACUUCACAAUCCUUCAAGGCCCACCAGGUCCCAGAGGUCCAAGGGGAGACAGGGGAGCCACGGGUCCUGCAGGAAAAGCAGGUGAGAAAGGAGAAUCUGGAGAAAGAGGUCCACCAGGAGUGCCAGGACCAAAAGGAGACAAAGGACUGCAUGGAAUUCCAGGAGUCCCCGGCUCCAAAGGUCCACCUGGACCAAGAGGAAAUCCUGGGUCAAAGGGCUCCAGAGGAUCAGGAGGAAGGGCUGGGCCUCCAGGGGAGAGGGGUGACCCUGGUUUACCUGGGCUGGCUGGCAGAGAUGGUCAGCCAGGCCCUCAGGGGCCACAGGGGCCACAAGGACUCAGAGGGCUGGCAGGACCUCCAGGUCCACAGGGACCUCCAGGCCCUGCGGGCCCCAUUGGUCCGCCUGGGCCACCUGGACCAUCUGGACCACUGACUGGACCUCCGCCCGGACCUCCACCCGAAGUUAUUAAACCUGUGCCUCCUGUAGUACCACAAGGCUCAGUGUCCCGCCAAGUACAAGAGCCUGAAACCCCUAGUACCACACCAGGAUGUCCCUCUCAAUGGAAGAGCUACAGAGACAAAUGCUACUACCUUUCUGCUCCCUCAGAGAGACUAAAUUUCGAAGAAACAAAAGAAACUUGCAAAAAUAAGACCUCUUCUAUGCUCAUUAUCAAUGAUGAGGAUGAACAGCAAUGGGUACGGAAACAAAUUGCAGGAAAGGGUUACUUCUGGCUGGGACUUACAGAUAUCGCAGAGGAGAAUAUCUGGAGAUGGGUCGACGGGACCCUUACCACUUUUACGAAGUGGAAACCAGGCCAGCCUGAUAACUGGAGCCAUGGUCAUGAAGAGGGCGAGGACUGCGCAGGGCUGAUCCAUGAGACUUAUCUCUCUCUCUACCUGCUGAUCUCCUUCAUUUACAUCCUCCCGGCAAUGCCUCUAUUCACGUCCAAUCCUUUUGAUCAAGAUGUGGAGAAAGCGACCAGUGAGAUGAACACAGCUGAGGACUGGGGCCUUAUACUGGACAUAUGCGAUAAGAUAGGACAGUCACGGACUGGGCCAAAAGAAUGCCUUCGUUCCAUAAUGAGGAGAGUCAACCACAAAGAUCCCCAUGUAGCCAUGCAAGCACUGACAUUAUUAGGUGCUUGUGUGUCAAACUGUGGAAAAAUCUUCCAUUUGGAAGUGUGCUCCAGAGAGUUUGCAAGUGAAGUCAGCAAUGUCUUAAAUAAGGGUCACCCGAAGGUGUGCGAGAAGCUGAAGGCUCUUAUGGUGGAGUGGGCCGAGGACUUCCGGAACGACCCGCAGCUCAGCCUCAUCUCUGCUAUGAUCAAGAACCUGAGAGAACAGGGCGUCACCUUCCCAGCUGUUGGAUCGCAGGCAGCAGAACAGGCUAAAGCUAGCCCGGCAUUAGUGGCUAAAGACCCAGCAACAUCCACAAACAAGAAAGAGGAAGAAGAUCUGGCCAAAGCGAUCGAACUGUCUUUGAAGGAGCAGCGGGUGCAGCCCCAGACCUCCCUCUCGGGACUGUACCCCAGCGCUAACAGUCUCUUGACUUCACACAAGCCUGAGGGCAGGAAAGUCCGGGCCAUCUACGACUUUGAGGCAGCAGAGGACAACGAGCUCACUUUUAAAUCUGGAGAAAUCAUCACCAUCCUGGAUGACAGUGACCCAAACUGGUGGAAGGGUGAGACCUAUCAGGGCGUGGGCCUCUUUCCAUCCAACUUUGUGACCGCAGACUUAACAGCAGAGCCAGAGAUGAUGAAAACGGAGAAGAAGACGGUGCAGUUCAGUGAGGAAAUCAAGGUGGAAACUAUCGAACCAGAGCCUGAGCCAGUCUACAUAGAUGAGGAAAAAAUGGACCAGCUGCUACAGAUGAUCCAGAGUGCAGACCCAACAGACAACCAGUCAGAUAGCUGUGAGCUGCUCCAGCUGGAAGGUGCCUGUAACCAAAUGGGCCCACUCAUUGAUCAAAAGCUGGAAGACAUUGACAGAAAGCACUCGGAACUGUCAGAGCUCAACGUGAAGGUUAUGGAGGCUCUCUCGUUGUACGCCAAGCUGAUGAACGAAGAUCCUGUGUAUGCCAUGUACGCCAAGAUGCAGAGCCAGCAGUACUAUAUGCAGCAGCCCAACGCCUCCCAGCAGGUGUAUCCCGGCCAGGUGGCAUCAGGGCAGUAUGCGAUGCCUGGCACAGGUGUGCCGGGUUACAGCGUACCCGUGGAGCAGCUUCCUUCCAUGAACCAGGUGCCGACUGCCAUGUCCGGCCAGCCAGCCCCAAGUGAUGUUCACAUGUACAUGGGCCAGCCUCCAGUGUACAGCGCGGCUGCUCCGGGCAGCAUGCCUCCUGCAGCAGAUGUGCAGGCUUACCAGAACGCAGCAAGCGGGCCAGCAGGCAUGGCCCAAACUCCCAGCUACACUGUUCCUGCCACCCAUAACUUAACCAACCCUACAGACACCCAACAGAGCCCUUAUCCGGAGAAAGCCCUGUUAUAGGACCCUAUAGAGACUGCUCUCCUAUCUCCCCUCUCUCUCUCUUUCUCUCUCAUUGUCUCACACACACACUACGAACAAAGAGGCCGUUCAUGCAAGUUUGACACUAAAACCAAUAUGACUAAAGGUCACAGGUACUUAGAACCUAAACAUUCAGAACUAUCUCUUUGGUUGCUUUUUUAUUUUCUCAGUAAUGCAUCCAGACACUAAAAAGAAGUAUCCGCAGAAACACUGAAACUUACCAUGUGUAAAAAGAUGCCAGAUAUUGACUACUGACUGACAUACGUUGUGCAAUUCUGUAAGUAACGCUGAUUGAUCAGCACCUGUUUAUUGCUUUUUUCCCUCCACAUUUUCUUCUUUUAAGGAAAAAAAAAACAUUGCAUCAGAUGUAGAAAAGUCUUAAAGGAAUACUUCCCCAUUUAAAAAGAGAAAAACCUAA